AUUUGACAAGUGACAUCUAAGCUGCGACAAAUGAAAUAAAAAGGAAAGCGACUCAUUUGACAAUCGUGCAAGUGACGGAUUCGCGUCGUCGAGGGGAUUGAAUUGGGCACCGCCGAGCCACCAAUCAGAAAAGCAUCAUUUUCCAGAGAAAUCGAAUGACAUCGUCACCAAAUCGAAAAUGACAUUGUCCGUUGCGGAAAUCGAGAGGCAAUACCCGCUGCAUUGGCUGGUGUGGAACAAUGAGCAUGAAAAACUGCAGAAACUGCUCAAAGCAGAAGAGCACGAUAAGGAGAAGUUGGACCCGCGGGGGCGGACCCCUCUUCUGCUCGCCGUGAAGCUGGGCCACCGGGAGUCAGUCAAGUGCCUGCUUGCAGCCAAGUGCAACGCCAAUUUCGAGUGCGACGGGUGGUCAAUUGUGCAGGAAGCCGUCUGCAGCGGGGACGAGCAGAUCCUGACGGCGAUCCUGGAGGUGCGGGAUUUGCAGCGACAUAUCCAGCGGGUCACCCAUGUGCCUAAACUUUUACAAUUGCUCCUGGACGCGCCCGACUUCUAUGUGGAGAUGAAAUGGGAGUUCACGUCGUGGGUGCCUUUGAUGUCACGUUUAUGCCCUAGCGAUGUUUACAAAGUGUACAAAAGGGGUGCCAACGUCCGUAUCGACACAACACUACUAGGCUUUGAUAACGCUACUUGGCAAAGAGGAAACAGAACAUACAUUUUCAAAGGGCAACGUGAGACAGCAACUAUGAUAGAAAUUGACCACGACACACAUGAAGUUCUAAUCGAGCAACUGCACAGUUCAGUUGGUAAUGUAGUUGCCAUUCCGCCGCCGCCAGGAUCUGUACGCGCCAGACUUAGCGCCCCAGUUGUCACAAAUAACAUCGAUAUGGAUAAGAUUAGCUUUGAACGUAAUAAAGCAGGUAUAUGGGGAUGGCGGAGUGAAAAGAAUGAAUCGAUAAACGGUUAUGAUUGCAAAGUGUACGGUGCCAGUAAUGUAGAAUUCAUAACCAGGACCCGAACGGAACAUGUAAAUGAGCAAAUGAAGGGAAAAAAUUCUCGCACUCCAAUCCACAACUUCUUAGGAAUAGCCGAAGAAGAAUAUCGGAAAAGUCCAGAACUGGCCACAUAUCGCGAGCAACUUUCGUCACCUCAUACUGAAGAAAAGUACGAAGAUGACUCUCCUUCGGAUGGUGCUAGUAAUUCAGGAGGUUCUACUCCGAAAAGUUCGGUUACGGCUGAAGAGUACUUUUCAGGAGGUGAUCUGCAGGGCCGUGAUAUUGGCCGUCCCAAGAAAGUGUCAACUAAGAUCCAAAGAUUUAAAGCGAACUUAUGGCUAAGUGAAGAAUUUCCAAUCCGAUUGCAAGAGCAGGUGCUGCCGAUUCUCGAUUUAAUGUCUACAAUGGCCAGCCCACAUGUAUCCAAAUUGAAAGACUUCAUAACAAUGCAACUGCCAUCUGGUUUUCCAGUCAAAGUAGAAAUUCCACUUUUUCAUGUGCUGAAUGUUUGUGUAACCUUCGUUAAUGUGUUUGGAAUGGACUCGCCGGUCGAGCAUGUCUCAACCAUUCAGGAACAGGAGAGGCUCACGUGCGUUAUUGAUGAUCAGUGUUUUGAUAUCCCAAGCCAUUACACAAACAGAGAUUUCGAGUUGCGGCGCCAACUAACAAUCGAAGACGAAGAUGAUUUAUUGCAGAUUGCAAUAGAGCAAAGUCUGGUUGAAACAAGCGCUGACAGUGAUCAAGUAGAUAUCUGGGAAGCCCUUCGUGGACAGAAAGCUUCGCCAUUACCAUUUUCGGAUGAAGAGGCGCAGAUUCAGAGAGUACUACAAGAAUCGUUGACCCAAUAUCGUGGAAUCAAUUCACCUCUGAGCGAGGAUGCAGAAGAAUUUCCCGCCAUAGAUCCUGAUCUGGCGAUGGCUUUACGACUUAGUGUUCAGGACCAAAAAUUAAUGGAAUUAGAGAUGCAAAAGGAACAAGAACUGAUGGAAAAGGUGUUGAAAUUGAGUUUGGAAGAAAAAUGAAUUUUUCAAAUUGAAUGAAAAAUGAAAAGAUUAGAAUUUUGCCGUUUUAUGUUUGUGAUAACUUUCUCAUAAAAUGAUAAAGAAUUCCAUGGGGUAGCUAAUAUUUGACUGGAGAAAAUGUGUAAUUUUGAAAUUGGGAGUAUGAAGAAGAAAGCAGAGAAAAUUAUCCUCAGAAAUGUUAACGAGGAUAAAGGCUCGCUCGUUGUUUUAUUAGAUUUAAAUAUUAUUUAUUUAUUAUUAAUUCCACUUUCUUCAAUCCAAAGGACUAUCUCAAUUAGGUCAUCAAUAUUUAUAAACAAAGAAAAUAUAAUUUUAAAAAUUUUGUAUUCUAUACAAUAAAGCAAGCAAGCAACCUCCAA